ACUGUUCCAGGAAAUGUUCUUCAGUGCUGCUUCACAUCUGUCAGCUGCAGCUCGAAACAGCAGAACAGACCUGAGAACAGACACCACAGCUUCAUAUCGACCUGUUUACACAUCCUCUUCACUUUUUUGGAGUUUUGUGUUUUCUUUGUAAACAGAGACGGCGUGGCCCACAGCAGAAGCCCCUCCAGUCUUCCCAUUUUCCAGCUGGGAGUGAUUACCACCAGACUGUUUCUCUCGGAGGCUUCUCUUAUUUGGUGAAAUGUCCAGGUCAGACUACCCUCCAGGGUACGAUGACGCCCGGGGACCGCUGUAUCAGCCUCAGGGGGGGAAUUACCCGCCGCCCCCUGCGUACGGCUUCCCCGGCUUCGGCGGUCCCCAGCCGGGCCAGCCCUCUGCUCCCUACCCCAGCGGUCCCAACGCCCCCAUGUAUCCCGGCCAGCCGGGCGGCUAUCCCGGCCAGCCGGGCGGCUAUCCCGCCGGCCCGUACCAGGGACAGCCUCACCAUGGGGGGCCUCCAGGAGGCGGCUACCCCGCUCCCCCGCCCAUGCCUCCUGUCAUGCCACCGCCCAUGCCAUCAGACAUCCUGACCUCUGGUGAUGGGUUUGCGGCGAGCGGCAGCGGUUGGGACAGUCUGAGCAUCCGGCAUGCUUUCAUCAGGAAGGUGUAUUUGAUUCUGGCUGCUCAGCUCCUCGUCACCACAGCCAUCGUGGCCAUAUUCACGUUUGUCGAACCCGUCAGAUUUUUCGUACAGCGAAACAAAGCUGUCUACUGGACUUCAUAUGCCGUGUAUAUCGUCACCCACCUUGUGCUGGUCUGCUGCAAGGGCCCCCGGAGGAAGUUCCCGUGGAACGUCAUCCUGCUGUCAGUCUUUACCCUGGCUUUGUCCUACAUGACUGGAUCCAUUUCCAGUUACUACGAUACAAAAGCAGUGUUUCUGGCUAUGGGGAUCACUGCCGUCGUCUGCAUCGCCGUCACCGUCUUCUGCUUCCAGACAAAGGUGGACUUCACAAAGUGCCAGGGCCUUUUCUGCGUCCUGGGGAUCGUCGUGUUUGUGGUCGGCAUCAUUACAACUAUUGUGCUGUCAUUCAAAUAUAUUCCGUGGCUACACAUGCUUUAUGCAGCUAUUGGAGCCAUAGCCUUUACUCUUUUCCUGGCGUACCACACGCAGCUGCUGAUAGGAAACAGGAAGCACUCCAUCAGCCCAGAGGAGUACGUGUUCGCCGCGCUCUCCAUCUACGUCGACAUCGUCCAGAUCUUCCUUUUCCUCCUGCAAAUCAUCGGUGCUUCGUCCAAAUAAGUACACGACCAACUUGGGUCUGCCAGACACUACUCCGUACUUUUUUAAAAACCUUUUCGCUUCGUUUUCAGUCAGAAUAUGUUUAU